ACGUCGUAUCUAAAAACGAUGAGUAUUUCACAAUCGUGCGUGUCAACAUCCUAAUGUCAUGCAGUUAACAUUGCUGAGACCUUGGAAGCGGAUAUUUACCGUUAUUGUCCUGUUGACAACAUGGGCAGCUUCCGGGCAGUCUGUGUUUGACUACGCGCGAGGUUUCGCUGAGCAGGCAGAUAAGCUGCUCACCGACUUAAAACAAGGGAUAAGAACGUUUCGUUAUGGUGUAGAUGCUGUGGAAGGAAUGCUCAAGGAAUCCGAGGACAAGGAAUGCCAUUUCAAGUGCCCAGAUGGCUCGAUACCGAAGAAGAUAUUGGACUAUAAGUCAACCCCAAACGGCUGUGGAACAGCUGAAAUAUAUCUGCGACCUGAUGAACUGCCUCACAAGGAGAUGAACCACUGCUGUAACCAGCACGACAUCUGCUAUGGAACGUGUCUCACAAAAAAGGACAAAUGCGACACUGAUUUUCGGCAUUGCCUAGAUGACGUGUGUCACAAGAAGAAAGGGAAACACAAGGAACUGUUUUUAAGUUGCAAAGCCGCUGCAAAGGUGUUUCACGCAGGCAGUCAGUAUCUAGGUUGCAAAGCGUUUAAAGAUGCUCAGAGGUCUGCUUGUAGAUGUGACAAGAACUAUGAGUUGUAGUGCGCCGUUAAUUUUUCUUUAGUUUAUAUGUUUAUUUUUGUUAACUUAUUUUUUUUUUUGGCAUACCGCCGCUUGUUCCAAUAAACAUGUUGAAUUGUUGA